ACAUCCGUCCACCAUAUUAAGCCUCCGGAUGCCCUUCGAGCAGAAACGGUUGGUGCCUACAAGCAUGCGUUGCUCCAUAACGUUCCUACUGAUAACAGCAACGGAAUCAUGAAGUUCGCUGAGUCCAAGGCAACUCACGGUGUUGCCGAACAAGUCAUCGAACUCCGGAACGGCGCCUUACCGGAAACUCGAGUACACGAAGAUAUCGACAGACUACAGCAAGCUCAUCAAUAUGACCACAACCUUCCGGACAAAGAGAUACAGAAAAUAGACGAGGCCAUCAAGACCGGCAAUGUCGAACAGGCACUCGAAGUCGACGAGACCUUCACCAAAGAAUCACCCUAUGAGACCGUUCGUGCCGCCGUUCGCGAGACAGACGGUGAAGAGACUGCAAAUACAGUCCGAGCAUGGCUUCUUGGCUUCAUCUUCGUCACACUCUCGAGUGGAAUCAACAUGUUCUUGAGCAUGCGCAGCCCGGCAAUCACCAUCCCAACCGUGGUGAUUCUGCUGGUCGUGUAUCCCUGCGGUCAACUUCUUGCAAAAGUUCUUCCCACCAGGAAGUUCAAGACAUUCGGUUUGGAAUGGACACUCAACACAGGUCCAUUCUCAAUCAAAGAACAUACGGUUGUGGUUCUCAUGGCCAAUGUCACGUAUGGCUAUGCUUAUAGCACAGACGCCCUUCUUGCUUUGAAAGCCAAGUCGCUAUACAACCUUGACAUGGGAUGGGGUUUUCAGAUUUUGUUCACACUGAGCUCUCAAGUCAUUGGGAUUGCUUUCGCUGGGAUAUUCAGACGCUUUCUUGUAUGGCCUGCAGCUCUUAUCUGGCCUGCCAACUUCUCCAUGACAACUCUGUUGUACGCUCUGCACGACAAGAGCAGACCUGACCCUUCCAAAACAAACGGCUGGCAGGUCUCUCAAUACCGCUUCUUCGUGUACGUCGCUCUAGGCUCUUUUGCAUACUAUUGGCUACCUGGUGUAAUCUGGCAAGGCCUAUCGGUUUUUUCGUUCGUCACCUGGAUCAGACCAAAUAAUGCUACCAUCAAUCAGUUGUUUGGAGGUUUUACUGGACUUUCGCUAAUACCACUGACGUUUGACUGGACAUAUGUAACGGCAUAUCUCGGUGACCCACUGCUUAGCCCGACAUUUUCGCAUCUCAACACCAUAAUUGGACUCGGAGUGUUUAUGAUCAUUACAACUUUAGGUAUUUCAUAUACUGGGGUUCUCUACUCGGACUAUCUACCGAUCAACACUUCCACGACUUUUGACAAUUCGCAGGCGAAGUAUAACGUUACUAAGAUUCUCGGACCCGGCUACACCUUUGACCUCGAAAAAUACCAAAGAUACUCACCCAUGUUCCUUGCACCCACGUUUGCUUUGAACUAUGGUUUGAGUUUCGCCGCACUGAUAGCUGCAAUCGUACACACCAUUGUCUUCCACCGUGAUGAGCUUUGGACCCGACUACGCCUUGCCAGACAACAGGAGCCCCAAGAUGUUCAUAUGAGACACAUGGCCAAAUAUCGUGCGGCGCCGGAUUGGUGGUAUGGCGUCUUGUUCCUUGUAGCUACAGCCUUUGGGCUUGCUACCGUUUUGGGUUUCUCUUCUCAAUGUCCUUGGUGGGCGUACUUCGUAUCGUUGAUUAUUGCCCUUGUCUUCAUCAUCCCCUGUUGCAUGAUUCUCGGCAUCACCAACAUUCAAUUGUCGCUGAAUGUCAUUUCACCCUACCUGGCUGGCUUCAUGAUUCCAGGACGCCCAAUUGGAGUCAUGAUCUUCAAAGUAUAUAGCACCAUUGUGCUGGGGCAAGCGCAGACUUACAGCCAGGACCUCAAGCUGGCGCAUUAUAUGAAGAUACCUCCUCGCAUCACUUUCUGGUCGCAGGUUGUCAUGACCUUCUGGGCUUCUAUCGUCCAAGUGGCAGUGAUGAACUGGACUCUGGGAAACAUCAACAAUGCAUGUGCUGCCAACCAAGCUUCUCAUUUUACCUGUCCCAAUGGUCGCACUUUCUUCUCUUCAAGCAUUACAUGGGGAGUCAUCGGUCCUCGACGCAUGUUUGGACCUGGCUCCAUCUACGCCGCUUUCAAUUGGUUCUGGCUGGUUGGUGCAUUACUGCCCAUUGCAUUUUACGUCUUGACUAGAGUGUUUCCACAUAAACGACUGCGUUUCUUACAUGCUCCAGUCAUGCUCGGGGCAAUGUCUUGGCUUCCACCUGCUACACCUCUCUCCUUUACAUCUUGGGCAAUAGUGGGUUUGAUUUUCAAUUGGUGGAUUCGUCGACGAUGGAAUGGUUGGUGGAGUCAUUACAACUAUAUCACGGCUGCUGCGCUGGACUCUGGGCUGAUCAUUGCCACGCUGGUCAUCUUCUUUGCGAUCACUUUGCCUGAAGUUGAGGUGCCGAAUUGGUGGGGCAAUGUGGGUGUAUUUGAGACUAUGGAUGCUUUGGGCACUGCGAUAAGGAAGACUGUUGCUGAUGGUGAGACUUUUGGGCCAACAAAUUGGUGA